AUGAAAGCUAAGUGGAUGAAUGCCUUUAAUCUUAAUGAAAUGAAAAACUCAAAAAUAGAUCGUGAACAUAAUAAUAGAGAUCACCUUAUUGAAUAUAAUUCAAUAUUAUGGCAUUGUAUUACUAUAAUAAUUAUAUCAAUAAUUUUACCCUUACUAGCUAUUAAUUCACUUAUAAAUAUCACAGUUAUUGCAAUCAUAAUUGGAAUUAUUGUAAAUAGAAUUAUUGGAUGCUUAUAUUUAACUCAAUUUCUUGAAUAUAUAGGUAAUUUACAAGAAACUUGCGAUAUUAAUUCUAAAUGGCCCAUUAGUUAUAUAAAAUAUUUAGUAUUCGAUAUGUUUAUAUUUAUGAUAUCAGCUAUAUUUUCAAUAUUACAUAGGGUUACACCAGUUCCAAGAUCUCCUAUUAGUUUAAUAUUUGUAUUAUGUUCAAUAUUUAAUAUUACUCUACUUAUAAUAUUGGCAAUUAGAAUUAUUAUUAUACCCCAUAGAUAUGAACAAUUCAAUUAUUUUACAGAUAUAGAUACUUUAUUAUUUACAAUAUAUGGAUUAAAUAUUAUAGUUGAUGUAUUAUAUAUUACAGUAUCUUCAUUAAUAUCAAGUGAUAUUGAAUGUCAAAAUAUCCCAUUACAAGAUAUUGGAAUAGUAGAACCUCCGCGCUCCAGUGUAUAA